AUGGUGGAUGUUGAUAGGACCAACCACACCUCACUUGUACAGUACUUGUCUUCAUGCAUAUGUCGGAUGGUCCAUCUCACACAUGAUCAAAUAAUUACAUGUACAUAUAUUAAUUAUCAAUCUAUAUAUAUAAGAACAUCUUUCAAUGGCUCUAUCACAUGUCUUGCUCCUCUCAUCCAACGGUCCUUUUCCACUCCAAACAUGGCUUCUCUUGUUUCUCUUCUUCUUGUUCUAUUGUUCACUGUUUCUUUAGCAGAGUCCAAGACUUACUGGGGUGACGUGGCAGCUCUCAAAGAGUUCAAGAACUCUGUCGACGCCAAGUCCAUGACCCCUGGCUCUUGCCUCAGCUCCUGGGACUUCUCCUUCGACCCCUGCGACAAUUUAUCCAGCGAGACAUUCACGUGUGGCUUCCGCUGCGACACCAUCGUUUCCGGGUCGAGUCGGGUCACAGAACUCAUCCUCGACCAAGCCGGGUACUCCGGUUCCCUCUCCUCCCUCUCGUUCAACUUUCCUUAUCUCCAAACCCUCAAACUCUCCGACAACUACUUCUCCGGUCCGCUUCCCAACUCGCUCUUCAACCUCACCCGUCUCACUAGCCUCUUCCUCUCCGGAAACUCCUUCUCAGGACCCGUACCCGCUUCCCUCGGGUCAAUGCCGGUUCUAGAAGAGCUCCUCCUCGACAACAACAACCUCAACGGCUCCGUUCCGACAAGCUUCAACCGUCUUUCCCGCUUAAAACGGUUAGAACUCCAGCAAAACAACAUCUCCGCCGAACUCCCCGAUCUAACCUCCCUCAAGAACCUGAACUACCUCGACGUUAGCGAUAACCGGAUCUCCGGUCCGGUCCCCUCAUCGCUCCCCGGUUCACUAGUCCAAAUCUCAAUGAGGAACAAUCUCUUCCAAGGAACUAUACCAGAGAGCUUCAGAAACUUAACCUCUCUCGAAGUCAUCGAUCUCAGCCACAACAAACUCAGCGGCUCCGUCCCAUCGUUCAUCUUCACUCAUCAAACUCUCCAACAGCUAACUCUCUCCUUCAACGGCUUCACUUCUUUAGACUCGCCUCGCUACUCUCCCUCGGGUCUCCCCAGCGAGCUGAUCUCCGUGGACCUCAGCAACAACAAGAUCAGAGGCCCGUUACCUCUGUUCAUGGGCCUGUUACCGAAGCUCUCAGCCUUGUCGUUAGAGAACAACAGCUUCUUCGGUAUGGUUCCGACGCAGUACGUUUGGAAAACAGUGUCGCCUGCCGGGUUUCAGAGGCUGUUACUUGGCGGGAACUUCUUGUUUGGAGUCGUGCCGGGUCCUUUGAUGGCGCUCAAGCCUGGCUCGGUGAACGUGCAGCUCGCUGGGAACUGCUUCACGUGGUGUCCGGGGACGUUUUUCUUCUGUCGGGGACGAGAGCAGAGAUCUCUUAUGGAGUGCAGAAAGUUUAGUCGUGUGAUUCCUUGAUUGUUUCUUUUUUUUCAUGGCUUGAAUCUUCGGGUCGGGUCUGGUCGGAUCUUUUUGAAGCUUUUAGUAGGGUCUUUCCGGGAGUUGCUUAACCCGAAGCUUAAAAUGUGAUUAAAUUAAUAAAAAUUGCCGUUAAGAGAGUCAACUAGGCAUGAUAUAAUAUAAUGUGUCAUCAAAUUUAUGUAAUCAAUAACAUGGAUGAUGAUAAGAUGACUCUGUUGGAUAUGAUUUGGGAGCAAAGAGU